AUGCCCAUCGUGGUACCGGAAAUGACCGCCGCCUCCUCGCAGGACGUGAAGAUGCCCACAGCGAACAUCAGCGAGUCCAGCGUAGUCAACCCUGACAAUGACGUCUGGGACACCGAGAUGCAGCUUGUGUCAUCGCUCGCGAAGCUCCAGCAACUGGAGGGAAUGAUCCAUCAAUUGCGCACUCUGCUCCCAGGAAGGUUACUGGAACCCCUGAUAACGGCCGCCAACCCGGGCAUAGCGGCCGGCGGCCGGCAGCAGGGCGUAUCGUCACCAACAUCACCAUCCCCGCGGGCGGUGUUUGAGCAGCUCAAGCAAUGCGUCCAUAGCGGGGUGCGGGAGGUUGCGGAGUUCCAGACGCUGUGGCGGAGUCCGGAGAUGAAGAGCGUCUGGGAUCGGGUCGACGCCCAGAUCCGGGUGAAUGGAGGCCAGCUGCUGCAGCCGACGGGGAUGUGGGAGGAGGAUUACGACGUGCUGCUGGAGGGGCUCGUCCGGGAGGAGCAAGGGAAGCAAGCGGAGCGGCGGAGCGUCGAGGAGGAGGCGGAGCGGUCGAAGAUCCAGGCCACGGAGGGCGGCUGGCGGGCGAUUGUGGAGGGGUUUGCCCAGCGGAACGUGCCCGGGGUGCGGGUGCAGACGAGUAAGACCGAGGAGGCGUCAGUGCUGGUAGCACUGGUGAAGGCGGGCAUGGUCUUCCAGGUUCACACCGUUGAAGGGCUGGAGAGCCACGGGGUGCCGGAAUGGCGGAUCGCCAGUAAGGCGGCGCCUGGACAGCCCGUCACCAAGCUCGAGGGGGCGGUCAUGCAGUGCUUGAACUCGCGUCCCCGGCAGUGGGACCUGCUCCAAUUGCUGGAGAUGAUAUCAUCGUACUCCGACAUCAAACAAACGCCGUGCCUGAAAUGCAACAAGCUGACCGACACCGCGGCCCAGUUACCCGCCGUCCGCAGGCUGAAACUCGUCCCAUCCACGGACGGCCAGCAGUCCAUGACCGUCUGGGAAGCCUAUCAUCCCAGCUGUGUCGCCGAGUGA